CUGUCUGUGAGGAGAGUUUUUGUUAUUCUAGUGACGAUUCUUCUGGAUCUCAAGCUGACAAGGUCAAAUGUACAACUAGACAAAAGAAGAAAGGCGGUUCUGGUAAUCGUUUUUUGAGAGACUCGCAAGGAACUCAAGAAGAGAGGCAUAUCAUCGAGGGAGCAACCUCAACUCCACCAACACAACCUUCAACUGAUCAUGUUGAGGGCAUGUCCGUGGUGGCUGCCCAACCUACUCAGCUUCCAUGUAUUGCCACCAACAAUGAGGGAGGAGUUUGAUGUAGACUUCAGCCACCCACAUGUCAAAGCCGUUACUGAUUACAUGCUACAUGGACGUUACUCUGACUACCGUCAUCAACUCUAUUGUUGCGUCAAGUCAUUUCCCACAAUAGAAGAGGCUCGUGAGCACCCAGAUGCUGAAAUAGAUCCCAACUAUUGGAAUCAUAUAUGUGAUUAUAUGAACACAAAAGAAUAUAUUGAGAAGAGUAAAGCAAAUACAACCAAACGAUCUAACAUGAAAGUUCUUCACUGUUGCGGAUCAAAGUCUUUUGUACGACGUCGAGAAGAAUUGAAAGAAAGUGAGAUGGGUAGGAUUGAGUUUUAUAAAGCGACUCAUUACAAGAAUGGGUUUUGGACUUCUGAUGGUGCUGAAAAGAAUUAUAAUGAAAUGAUAAAACUAAAGAACCAGCCUGUGCCAGAAGGGGAGACACCUAUGACAGAGGAUCAGAUAUGUGACAAAGUCCUUAGUCAUGCAAUAGGAUAUGUACGUGGUCUUGGCUACGGAGUGAGACCCGACACAUCAAUCAAGGUAGCACAUGCCAUGCGUGGACAACUACAAGAAUGUACAAAUAGGGCAGACGAGGCAGAACGAAGGGCAGAGGUGGCUGAACAAAGGGCAGAGGUAGCUGAAAGAAGGGCAGAAGAAUUAACUGAGGAGGUCAUCUCUCAACGGUCUACCAUCGACUCUUUGACUGUGAAAACAAAUCGCCUAGAGUCAUUAUAUGAAAAACUUGCCUCAAGAAUGGACAUGGGGAGUUCUCCUACAUCAACUUGAUUUUGCGGAUUCCGGGAGUGUUCAACAGCCUUUUUGAUGGACUUUUGAGUUGGAAUAUUGGUACUGCAGAUGAACAAUGAAAUCAAUUUUUGGUAAAAUGGAGCAUGGAGUCACUUUUUGCAGUUGUUCAGAACUAACUUGGACUUGGUUACAGCUUGGAGUAUGAAGUUCACUUUUUGCUACUUUGUCAUAGACUUUACCUAGUAUUUAUAGUUUUGGAUGUGGUGUCACUAAACACAUUGAAAAACAAGUAUGUUGUGGAAUUUGUUGUUUUUGGGCAUGGUUAAUGACUGUUUGUUGCAUUUGAGAAACAUAUAUAUUAUGUGGUUAUUAAUGUUGUCAAGGAUUUUAUUGUUAAUGGUGUAUCUUGUGACUACGUAGUUGGUUCUUGGUAUU